AUGGUUCAUCACAAAGUUACAAUUAUUGGAUCUGGUCCAGCAGCUCAUACAGCUGCUAUAUAUUUAGCAAGAGCCGAAAUCAAACCAACAAUGUACGAAGGUAUGUUGGCUAAUGGUGUUGCAGCUGGUGGUCAAUUAACCACGACUACUGAUAUUGAAAAUUUUCCUGGAUUUCCAGAAGGUAUAAAUGGUACUAAAUUAAUGGAUUUAAUGAAACAACAAAGUGAAAGAUUUGGUACUGAAAUUAUUACUGAAACUAUUUCUAAGUGUGAUUUAACAAGUAGACCUUUCAAAUUAUGGACUGAAUUUAAUGAAGAUGAAGCUCCAAUUACUAGUGAUGCUGUCAUUAUUGCUACUGGUGCUUCAGCCAAAAGAAUGCAUUUACCAGGUGAAGAAGAUUAUUGGCAACAAGGUAUAUCAGCUUGUGCUGUAUGUGAUGGUGCAGUACCAAUUUUUAGAAAUAAUCCAUUAGCUGUUGUUGGUGGUGGAGAUUCUGCAUGUGAAGAAGCUUUAUUUUUAACAAAAUAUGCUUCAAAAGUUUAUCUUUUAGUUAGAAGAGAUCAAUUAAGAGCUUCAUCAAUUAUGCAAAAAAGAGCUAAAAAUAAUGAAAAAUUAGAAAUUUUAUGGAAUACUGAAGCAAAAGCUGCAAAGGGGGAUGGUAAAUUAUUACAAUCAUUAGAAAUAUAUAAUAAUAAAACAAAAGAAACUUCAGAUUUAAAAGUAAAUGGUUUAUUUUAUGCUAUUGGGCAUAUUCCAGCUACUAAAAUAUUUGAAGGUCAAUUAAAAAUGGAUGAUACUGGUUAUAUUAUAAAUAAACCUGGUACUGCUUCUACUUCAAUAGAAGGUGUUUUUGCUGCUGGUGAUGUUCAAGAUAAAAUUUAUAGACAAGCUAUAACUUCUGCUGGUACUGGUUGUAUGGCAGCUUUAGAGUGUGAAAAAUUUAUUGUUGAACAAGAAGAUUAA